AUGGCAAGGGGAGGCCGACGAAGUGCGGCAUAUGUUUUUGCUGAAUUUGAUGCAACGAGAGCUGGUUGGCCACCAGGAUGGGCGUUUUUCGUCGGAUUACUUCAAUCUGCUUACACUCUCACUGGUUAUGGCAUGGUGGCAGCCAUGUGCGAAGAAGUUCAAAAUCCAGAACGAGAAGUACCAAAAGCAAUGGUACUUUCUGUCGUCACUGCUGGAAUUACAGGUGUUGUUUAUCUCAUCCCGAUCCUUUUUGUCAUGCCCGAUGUCGGUAAAUUACUUUCUGUGCCAAGCGGCCAACCAAUUGGUUAUCUCUUUAUGGUAGCAACAGGUUCAGCUGGUGGCGGUUUUGGACUUUUGUUUCUUAUUCUGGGUAUUCUGUUUUUUGCUGGAGUAGGCUCAUUGACAGCCACUUCUCGAUGUCUUUACGCUUUCAGUCGAGAUGGUGCUGUUCCAGGUUCGAAAAUAUGGACAAAAAUUAAUAAACGAUACGAUAUUCCACUUCAUGCUUUAUUGUUUUCGACUCUAAUUCAAGGUCUACUUGGCCUCCUUUAUCUCGGUUCAUCAGCUGCAUUCAAUGCAUUUACUGGCGUGGCUACAAUAUGUCUUUCGGCUUCUUAUGCGUCACCCAUUGUCGUACUUAUCCUUCGUGGACGUCAUUUAGUCGCUAACGCUCCUUUUCACCUUGGUAAACUAGGCUAUGUCAUCAACAUUAUCACGAUCAUCUGGAUUCCCUUGGCUGUUAUCUUAUUUAUGAUGCCGACAAAAAUACCUGUCACGUCUUCGAGUAUGAAUUAUGCCAGUGUAUUAUUCGUUUUGUUUGCUGGAGUCAGCAUUUUAUGGUAUGUUAUAAGUGGAAGGAAAUAUUUCACUGGUCCACAAGUGCCUUUGAUCGAAGAAUCGGGUAAAAACGUCGUGCCGAUUAACCUUGCUGUUGUGAAUGACAUGGCGGAUCACUACUGA